AGACGCGAUAGAACAAAGUGACGAAUCAGUGCUGAUCAGUGUGAGAGUUUCUUUCGGUCAGACAGCAUGUCUCCGGGUACGGUAAAGGCGCGUGGAAGUUGGGCUUCCAAAACUGAGUUUAUUCUUUCUUGCAUGGGAUACGCGAUCGGUAUCGGGAAUGUUUGGAGAUUUCCGUACCUGUGCUAUCGUAACGGGGGAGGAGCGUUCUUGGUGCCGUAUCUGUUGAUGCUGGUGCUGUGUGGGAUUCCGUUGUUCUUUUUGGAAGUGUCUCUGGGCCAGUUUGCUGGAACGGGUUGCAUAACGGUGUUCAAGAUUGCUCCACUGCUGAAAGGGGCUGGGAUGGCUAUCGUUGUGAUCAACUUUAUUUGUACUUCGUACUACAACGUGAUCAUAUCGUAUCCGAUAUUGUUCUUGUGGAAGUCGUUUCAAGCACAACUGCCGUGGGAAAACUGCCAGAAUCCGUGGAAUACUCCACGCUGCGUCGAACUUGGUGGUCCGGAGCAGCUCCAUAUGAUGAUGAACAACAGUUUACUCAGUGUAUCCGAGAGGUUGCGGACUCCAGCGGAUGAGUUCUUCCACAAUGAAAUCCUGCAAAUCUCCGACGGAAUCGGAAGCCCAGGUGGUAUUGUGUGGCCUCUGUUUGUGUGCAAUUUACUUGCAUGGAUCGUCAUCUACUGCUGCAUCAUCAACGGGGUUGAAUCCGUGGGGAAGGUCGUUUACUUCACGGCGACAUUUCCGUUUGUGAUUUUGGCCGUAUUGUUCGUUCGAGGGAUCACACUGCCGGGAGCGGCCGAAGGCAUUCGAUUCUACAUAAUGCCACAGUGGAGCCUGUUGACCGAUUUGCGGGUUUGGGCCGAUGCGGCUGUGCAGAUUUUCUUCUCGUUGGGACCUGGAUGGGGAGGUAUCAUCAACAUGGCUAGCUACAAUCAGUUCAAGAACAACGCAAAGUUUGACGCACUGCUCAUUCCGGUCGUCAACUGCGGUACGAGCAUCUUUGCUGGCUUUGUGGUGUUCUCGGUGCUCGGAUAUAUGUCACAUCAAACUGGGCUUCCAGUCUCGGCCGUCGCCACCGGUGGUCCAGGGUUGGCUUUUGUAACAUACCCGGAGGCGGUUGGAAUGCUGCCGUUUCCACAGCUGUGGGCUAGUUUGUUCUUUGUUAUGCUGUUUCUUUUGGGUGUAGACAGUAUGGUUAGUAGUUAG